UAACACCUUCCCAAAAAUUUUCCCGCUCACACCUUCCUAAAAAAAAAAAAAAAAGUUCCAAAAAAAUCAGAUUUGAGCUUCAACCAUUUUUGGCUGGGUGUCUGGUUUUUGAAGACGAAGUUGAACCAGUUCCUAACUCCCAUUUUCAUUGAAGACGAAGCUCAAAUUGUUGCAGUGUUAUACGCUAGAGCCAUGGAAGGAAUAGACCUUAAUGAAACUGUAACAAUUGAAGAUUGUAAUGAGGAUACCGGUGCAACUGAUAAGAACUCCAAUCCCCCUACCGUAGGUAUGUGCUUUACAACGGGUCAAAAAAAUUUCGAUUUUUGUAAUAUGUAUGCGUUUAAGGAAGGUUUUAAGAUGUUUAUGAAAAGUAAUAAUUUGAAACAAGAGUAUAAGGCUAUUGGAGUGAAUAGGAAAUGUACUGGAGAUCUUGAGCCAAAGCCUCACAUGAUGGAAUUAAUAAGAUUAAAAUGUAAGAAGGGAGGUACGAACGUUGGGUCCAAUGUAACUGGUUGUAAAAUGUUCGUUUAUGGUAAAAUUAAAGACGAUAAGUUUACCAUAUUGAAGUGUGAGUUGGAACACAAUCAUGCUCUAAAUCCAGAUUGUAGUAGAAUGAUGGUUAACUAUAGGAAUAUUGAUAGUACGACGUUUAAAAGAGCGAUGAUUAAUGACAUGGGUGGUGUUAGCAUUAGCAAAAACUAUGGUACUCAAUUGAUUGAAAAGGGUGGGUUUGACAAUAUCGCAUUCAACCAGAGGGACCUUAGGAAUGCGAUAAGUGUAGAACGUCGUAAGUCUAGGUUUAAGGAUUCUGAUGCAGCAGGAUUAGAUCAAUAUUUUAAAGCGCAACGGGAAUUGAAUUCUGAAUUUUAUUGCUCCAUCCAAAAAGACGAUGAAGGUGUAUUUACAAACGCAUUUUGGUCCGAUGCGCGAAGUAGAGGGACAUGCAAGUAUUUUGGAGAUGUAAUCACAUUCGAUACAACCUUUUCAUGCAACAGGUAUUUAUAUAAUUAUAAUUUUUUGCAAUCGGUAUUUUUAUUUUUUUACGUAUAUUUUUUUAAUUGACUACUUAACAAUUUUGUACUAGGUUCCGUAUGCCCUUUGCACCAUUUAUUGGUGUAAACCACCAUGGAAAGUCAAUUAUAUUUGCGGCAGCACUUAUAUCCCACGAAGAUGCGCCAACAUUUGUUUGGGUGUUCGAAGAAUUCCUGAAGUGUAUGGGUAAGGCUCCUAAGGGCAUCCUAACGGACCAAGACAGGACAAUAGGUAAAGCAAUUAAGCAAGUGUUCCCUGGCGUGCCGCACAGACUAUGUCUAUGGCACAUGCUCCAAAAUGCUACGAAAGCGCUUGGUAGUCGUAAGGACUGGCCGAAGAUUGAUACCCUAAUACGUACUGCCAUACACGAUUUGCUUGAUCCUGACGAGUUUGAUGAAGCAUGGAGUCAUGUGAUGGAAGAAUACCGUCUAAGCGGUCCUGGGUGGAUGAAGGAUGCGUACGAACUGAGGCGUCAGUGGGCUCCGGCGUACAACAGAGGAAAGUUUUGGGCUGGUAUGUCUUCUACACAAAGAAGUGAAGGUAUGAGCCGAUUCUUCAAAACUCAUGUUAACUUAGAAUGCGGUUUGGUUUUGUUCAUUAAAAAUUAUGAGUGGUGCAUGAGGAUAAAAGCUGAGGAAGAGAAGCAGGAUAAUUAUGAUAGCAUUGAUAAGAUUCCCCGUCUUGAGCCGGAUAAGAGUGUGUUAGUUGAAUAUGUGCUGGUUAAGUCGUACACUAAUGAGAAGUUUGCGGAGGUGGUGGUAGAGCGUAAGGGGUUGAUGCACACUAAUGUCACUAAAAUCGAUGCUCUCGGGACCGUGUAAUUCUAUAGAGCAGAUGAGAAAUUGACAUCCCCAUUCUGGCGGAAAAGGUUCAAAUAGUACAACGUCAAAGUGGAUAAGGUUAAGGGUGAAUUACAUUGCUCGUGCAACUUGUUUGAAUUCACGGGCAUACUAUGUAGGCACAUAUUGAAGGCAAUGGAUGUUGAAGAUUUUCAAAUUCUUCCUGAAAAAUACAUUUUACCACGUUGGAUGAAACAAGUGAGGUCGUAUGAAAGUCUUCAGGUUUCUUACUUUGACCCAUUAGAGUCAUCUCGUUUAGCGAAAGCCAAAGAGUUGUCACAAAGGCAAAAUUACCUGUAUGAGAUGGCCAUGCGUAGUGAAGAAGCUUUGAAAUUGUACAAAGAGGCUAUGGAUGUUGUUCGUCUUAAAAUGGAGGAUGCAAUCGGAAUACGAAAGACGGGUGACACGGGUGAAGAUUCAAUACUUUGGUGGGAUCCCGAUGCCCGUAAUGUGUUUGGUCGUCGUAGGCUACGACCAAGAGAAUUCAACGAAAGGGCUCUUUUGAGGAACGCUGAAGAGGUUGUUGGCGAAGACGUCUUAAAGACCCCGGUUGAUAAAAGGCAUACUGGAAGGGCAAAGACUAAAAGAAAUACGCCAUUUGAUAAAAGUGCUGCUGGGCCGUCGAAGAAGAACCAAACAACACAAGAGGAAUUAGCCGCG